AUGGUAGUCAAAAUUAGUCAAAAAGAGCAGCAAAAACUUUCUGGAUUAAAAGAAUUAGAUAUUCAGCAGUGUAGUUUUUGUCAGCGGACUAACCUGCUCAACCUUGGAGUAGCGAGGAAUAUUUUGGACUGUCAUUUGUAUCAGGAGUUGCCAAGAGUGAGACCAAUUAAAGUAGUGAAGCCGAACCGGAGUUAUGAUAAGUGUGCUUGUUAUUGUUGUGGGGAAGAACUAGCAGGAGCCAUGUGUGGGGAAGAAGUUUAUUGGGGUGCUUUCACCCAGCAAAAGGAAGACUUGGCGGAA